AUGCUCAAGUGCUACCAGUUACAUGAAACAAUUGGAACAGGUGGGUUCGCAAAGGUAAAACUUGCAUGACAUCUUCUCCCUGGUGAAAAAGUUGCAAUAAAAAUCAUGGACAAACUUGCUCUAGGGGAUGACUUGCCUCGUGUUAAAAUAGAAAUUGAUGCCAUGAAGAACUUAAGGCACCAGCAUAUUUGCCAGUUGUAUCACGUGAUAGAGACGUCCCAGAAAAUCUUCAUGGUCUUAGAGUACUGUCCUGGAGGAGAGCUGUUUGAUUACAUAAUUUCUAAGGACCGCCUUUCAGAAGAGGAAGCUCGUGGGUUUUUUCGGCAGAAUGUUUCAGCAAUUGCUUAUGUUCACAGUCAGGGAUAUGCCCACAGGGAUCUCAAACCAGAAAAUCUGCUGAUUGACAAGGAACAUCAUUUGAAGCUGAUAGACUUUGGACUCUGUGCAAAGCCAAAGGGUGGCCUCGAUUACCAUCUGAACACAUGCUGCGGAAGCCCAGCUUAUGCAGCACCAGAGCUGAUUCAGGGCAAAGCAUAUAUUGGCUCAGAGGUAAGAUCCACCGUCCCCACCAGGCUGGCGAAGAAUUUCCCCCGCAGGAGGCAUGCACGCGGGGCAGCAGAGUGUGGGACGCCUGGUGUGGCCGCUGAGGACCAUCAGCGGUCAGAAAGCCCCAGGCAACGUGGGCUGCAGAGCGAGGACUUGGGCUCUGCCAGCCCCGUCAUACACGCGGAGGAGGACGAGAGCCCCAGCAUCCCCGCCAUGAGUGCAGCUGCGACUGCCUCCAGCUGCCAGCUGGAGGGCGAGGAGAAGGAAGCCCACGACUGCUUCUUGGCCUUUCUCAACAGCACCAAAAGGGAAGAGGCCUCGAAGCUGAGGUUUCUGGCCUCCAUCCGCACGCUCUGCGGAGCCUGGCUGCAGGGCAGGUACCUGCCCAGUCUGAGAUCAGCAUGUGAGCUGGUGGAGAAAAUGGAGGUGCUACAGCAAGAGGAGUUGCCUUGCAGCAUGGACGCCGUGAUGUGGCAGCAAGCCAUGCUUGCUAUCGCAGCAAUGAGGUACCUGCCCCAGACCUGGCCAGGCCACGGCCUCCGCACGGCGUGGGCCUGA